AUGACAAUUACACACAUCACCAAAGACGACUAUGCAUACGAUCUGGGCAAAUUCGGACGGUCUAUCACGACCAACAGUCCGGAAGCUCAGACUUGGUUCAAUCGCGGUCUGACAUGGGUUUACACCUUCAAUCACACCGAGGCCGCUAAAUGCUUUGAGCAGGCUAUUGCUCAUGAUAAUUCGUGUGCCAUAGCUUACUGGGGUCUAGCAUAUUCCCGUGGUCCGAACUACAAUUUAGCUUGGGAGUCUUUUGGCGACGGUCUGAAAAAUGCAACGAAGGUCACUUAUGAGGCUACCCAAACGGCCCUCUCUUUUGCUUCCAGUGCAACGCCCAUCGAACAAGCCCUCAUCAAUGCUAUCCAGGCUCGCUUUCAAAAUAAAGAGCCUGUUAGUAUGGAGCAGUACAGGCUUCAGAAUGUAGCCUAUGCUGACGCAAUGGAAGCCGUAUAUAACCACUUCGGAGAAGACCUAGAUGUAGCAGUUCUCACCGCAGACUCCAUGAUGAGUCUUUCAGCCUGGAAACUAUGGAAUCUCAAGACUGGAAAACCAAAUCCUGGAACUCGUACCUUGCAAGUUAAAGAGAUACUAGAGAAAGCUUUGCGCCAUGAAAAUUCCAGUCAGCAUCCUGGCUUGCUGCAUCUAUACAUUCACCUGGUUGAAAUGUCCCCAAAUCCGGAACUUGGUCUUGUUCCUGGAGACCAUUUACGUGAUUUGAUUCCUGAUUCUGGGCACGCCUGUCAUAUGCCAUCCCAUCUGGACGUCCUCGUUGGAGACUAUCGCGCCGCUAUUCGCGCAAACCAGAAAGCCACGAUAGCGGAUGAGAAGUACGUGCAGAUUGAGGGGGUGUUUAACUUCUACUCGAAUUACCGCAUGCAUAAUUAUCACACACUUAUCUACGCGGCAAUGUUCGCCGGUCAGAAGGCGGUUGCUCUGGACGCUGUCGAUCGAAUGGAGGGGACACUACCAAAAGAGCUCCUAGCCAAGAUGCCAGACUUUAUAGAAGUCUACAUGUCCGUCCGAGCACAUGUCAUGGUUCGUUUCGGCAUGUGGGAUGAGAUCAUCGCCCGUCCGCUCCCAGACGACCAAGAGCUCUAUUGCGUGACAACCGCCACGACUCAAUAUGCCAAGGGUGUCGCAUACGCGGCAACAGGAAACAUUCCCGAAGCCGAAAAGCAGCGUGAGCUUUACCACGAGGCAGCGAAGCGAGUCCCAACGUCGCGACUCGACUUCCCAAAUAAAUGCGUUGGUAUCCUUGGAAUUGCAGCUGCAAUGCUGGACGGCGAAAUAGAGUACCGGCGCGGCAACUAUGCUCAAGCCUUUGAGCAUCUACGUCACUCGGUUGAGCUGGAUGACGGCCUUGGAUAUAGUGAGCCGUGGAGCUGGAUGCAGCCUUCUCGCCAUGCUCUUGCUGCACUUUUACUUGAGCAAAACCACGUUGAAGAGGCAGCUGAAGUGUACCGCUGCGAUCUAGGACUUGAUAGCUCUGUUAUCCGGGCGCGUCAGCAUCCGAACAAUGUAUGGGCUUUGCAGGGGUAUCAUGAGUGUUUAGUUCGGUUAGGUCGUACUGCUGAGGCGAGGUAUAUUGAACCGCAGCUGAGGAUUGCGAUUGCGGUGGCUGAUGUCCCAGUGAAGUCCUCUUGCUUAUGUCGGAAGGAUAACACGAGAACACCUGACCUGGGAAAUGUUUGUUCUCGGAGUUGUCAUUAA